AGUUUCGGUUCGCAAAGUGAAGCCGUAAAGGUUUGCCGGUUUCCCAUUGCCAGCUUGAAGGACGGCACCAGCGAUGUGGAGCUCCCGGUUUCUGAAGCCUUCCGCACCCAUUGCAGCACCCAUGGCAGACAACAGCUCAGGUUCCACCUCGUCUCUUUCCAACACUGUCUGCAUUUGUGACCCCGAUGGACACUGGCCGUCCGUCCACGAGAAGCCAGUGAAGGACCUGUCAGACUUUGGCGAGAUUGCAAGGCUGGACACGAGCCUCGCCACCAUUGCGCGGUGCGUCUUGGUCACGUACUUCGAUGUCCGCUGCGCGCAACGCCUCAUGCUCUCCAGCCCUGGCCGCUGCGAGCCGUUUCCACCGGCUGCGCACGACAUCCGCACAGUCCGUGUCAAUCUGUCAGCUUUCGCCGAAGAGGUGGACCACGUUCGAGGUGGCUUCAACCAGUUCGGUGAGGUUGCUCACAUCAGUGCGUCGCACGGCCACGCCAUUGUGGAGUUCUAUGACAUCCGAUCAGCGCAGAUGCUGCUGGCUGCUGCCCAGGGCACGGCAAUGCCUUGGACCCCUGAUCAGAACAGCUCGGCCAACUCCCUUCUCUCCUCCCUGAGUGCGGGCACUUGGAACCUCCCAAGUGCUGUUCCCCAAGGUUUGCUUGGAUUGCAGUCGCCUCUGGGAGCCGAGGAGGGGAUGCCCGGGCCUUCACCUGUUGAGGAAAAAAAGGACGAGCGCGCGAACAAGCAGAAGGAGUCAAAAGCCAAGGUGCAAGAAGAGGCCGAGGAGAAGGGGACCAACCGACCAGUGAGGACCAAGGUGAGCACCAAGGAGUUCUCCAAGUACGACAUCGACCCAGACAGGAUCCAGCGAGGAGAGGAUUCGCGAACCACAGUGAUGGUCAGGAACAUUGUGGGGACCAAUGCGCGCAAGGAAUUCCUCAUGUUCCUGGAGAAGUGUGGUCUGUCGGAGCGAUUCACUUUCUUCUACAUGCCGUGCAAGGAGCAUCGCAAUACUCCGGCAGGUUUUGCGUUUGUGAACUUCAUUGCGCCCAUCGACGUGCACAAACUGUUCAUCAUGGUGAAAAGCGGAUUCUGGCGCGAGUUCAUGAAGGAGCCGCAGGUCAAGGCCCCCGCCAUGAGCUACGCGCGCUUCCAGGGCCACGAGGAUCUGGUGAAGCACUUCAGCAGCUCUGCUGUUCUGCACGAGCAAGACGCCGAGAAGCGCCCCAUCUUUCGGCCCGAGGCGGCGGCCAAGGCGGCCAAGGAGAGGAAGUUGGCCGCCAAGUCCAAGAAGCAGGAUGACAGCGUGAAGUCCACCAAGGCCUUGGGCAUGCAGGGCUUGCAGAGCUCCAGUCCUCCCGGUCUCGAAGGCUACUUCGCCCGAGGAGGAGAGGAUGUCUCGACAUUGCUGGGCACCCAAGUGAACGAGAUUGCCGCCCUGCUGAGCUGCAUGAGUGCGGCGGAGGCCAAGAGUAUCAACGGCUCCCCGCCCGCCUACGUGAAGCCUUCCUUUGGACAAGACCCGGAGGCACUGCAGGUCCUUCUGGCCGCGCGCGCCAUGCUGGAGAACAACAACUUCGCGCCGAAGCAGAUGGGCGCCUGAGUUGGAGGCCAGAAACUCCGCACAGUUUGCCCAGUCGCAGGUAGUUUUUGUGGAUCCUCGUUGGUCGUGACGCUCAAUGGGCAAAGCGCGUUCGUGGUUUCGCGGUUCACUUUCUGGGCUCCCAGCGAACUGCCAAUGCUACCAGCUCUCUCU